UUCAAUACAAAUCAAACAAACUGAUUGAACUGAUUCAUUCAAGUUUAUGUCAAAUAAUAACAAAGUUUAUUGAUUUACGAUUCUUGAAGAUUUUAAACAAAAGUGUGAUUUAUAUGAUUUUGUCACGUAUUUCUUAGCUUUAUGGUAGUCUAAGAGUGGUUAUGGUGUAUGAUUCAGUGCUAAAUAUCUAGAAUAAUAAUUACCGCCUUCGUAGUGUACUUGAGUAUUCCAAGAAAAGUCAAUCAGCAAUAAUCACAAAUGCAGAACAAUCUAGGGAAGAUGAUAACGGAGCAGCUGCGGAAUCCAAACGAGCUGGACAUCAGUCUCCGCAUGGAGUUUGGACCAUUUGAAACAGUACACAAGUGGAAAAGAAUGUCGGAAUGCUACGAGUUUGUAGGCGCUAGGCGCAGCAAACAUACAGCCGUAGCAUAUAAGGACGCCAUUUACGUAUUUGGGGGCGACAAUGGCAAGUCGAUGCUGAAUGAUCUGAUCAGGUUUGAUAUCCGGGAGAAGUCAUGGACUAAGACUGGAUGCAUGGGCAUCCCGCCAGCCCCUAGAUACCAUCAUUCUGCUGUGGUGCAUCGUUCGUCGAUGUUCGUUUUCGGCGGGUACACGGGCGACAUACUGGCGAACUCCAACCUGACCAAUAAGAACGAUCUCUUCGAGUACAAGUUCCAGAGCGCCCAAUGGGUGCAAUGGAAGUUUAGUGGACAGGAGCCGGUGCCCCGGUCGGCGCACGGCGCGGCAGUCUACGACGACAAGCUGUGGAUAUUCGCCGGAUAUGACGGAAACGCACGCCUCAAUGAUAUGUGGACUAUCAACUUGCUAGGUGAGACCAGGCAAUGGGAACGAAUAGAGCAGAAGGGCCAGUGUCCCCCGACGUGUUGCAAUUUCCCAGUGGCGGUGGCGCGCGGCAAAAUGUUCGUGUUUAGUGGACAAAGUGGAGCCAAGAUCACCAAUGCUCUCUUCCAGUUCGAUUUUGAGACGCAUACUUGGAGUCGUGUCUGCACGGAGCACCUGCUGCGCAGCGCGGGCGGAGCCCCGGCGCGCCGCUACGGGCACGUCAUGGUGGCGCACCGCGCGCAUCUAUACGUCUUCGGGGGCGCCGCGGACAACACGCUGCCCAACGACCUGCAUUGCUAUGACUUGGAUACGCAGAUAUGGUCAGUAAUCCAGCCAGCGAAUGACUCCCAGAUCCCUUCAGGCCGACUGUUCCACGCGGGCGCAGUGGUCGGGGACGCGCUCUACAUCUUUGGAGGAACCAUUGAUAACAACGUCAGGAGUGGAGAUCUCUUCCGAUUUCAGCUAUCAAACUACCCUCGGUGCACUCUACACGAUGACUUCGGACGCAUACUGAAGUCUCACCAGUUUUGUGACGUGCAGAUAUUGGUGGGUCCCGACAAGACCCCCAUAUUGGCUCAUCAGGCCAUUUUAGCGGCACGCUCGCAGUAUCUACGCGCUAAGAUCAAGGAAGCUCGCGACGAGCUAACGAAACGUAUCGCGGCAGGAGAAGAAGAAGCGACGGAAGUAUAUUCCUACAAGUCCCCGCCACAGCUGUGCGUGUUGCUGCCUGAAGCCACGCCUGAAGCAUUCCACAUGGUCCUCAACUAUAUCUACACUGAUAGAAUCGACCCCACAGAGAAAGACGAAGACCCAGAGUCUCCAGCAACGGUCCUCCUAGUGAUGGAAGUCCUCCGGCUAGCGUUGAGACUGAGUAUCCCGCGCCUCCGGGGCCUGUGUGCCAGGUUCCUCCGCGCCAACCUGUGCUACGGGAACGUCCUGCAGGCUCUACACGCCGCGCAUCAUGCAUCCUUGUCCUGCAUCAAGGAGUAUUGUCUCAGGUUCGUGGUGAAGGACUAUAACUUCACUCCUAUAGUGAUGUCCAAGGAAUUCGAGGAGAUGGACCAGGGUCUGAUGGUGGAGAUCAUCCGCAGACGACAGCAACCGCAGUCCAAGCAAGCCAACGGAGCUGCACAGCAAGAAUAUGAGGAAGAGAUCAUUGGCACGACCCUGGAGCAGGACAUGUGCGUGCUGCUGGGGGGGGGCGAGGAGCUGGCCGACGUGCGGCUGCGGGUGGGGGGGGCGCAGCGCGCCGCGCACCGCUCCGUGCUGGCCGCGCGGGCUGCAUACUUCGAGGCCAUGUUCCGCUCCUUCUCGCCGCAUGACAACAUCGUCAACAUACAAAUCUGCGACACGGUGCCAUCGGAGGAGGCGUUCGAUUCCCUAUUACGCUACAUUUACUACGGAGACACCAACAUGCCCACUGAGGACUCGCUGUACCUCUUCCAAGCUCCCAUAUACUACGGGUUCACGAACAACCGCCUGCAAGUAUUCUGCAAGCACAACCUGCAGAGCAACGUGUCCCCCGACAACGUUCUCGCCAUCCUGCAGGCCGCCGACCGCAUGCGCGCCGCAGACAUCAAGGAGUACGCCCUCAAGAUGAUCGUACACCAUUUUGGAUUGGUCGCGAGACAGGACGCCAUAAAGAAUUUAGCGCAACCGCUCCUAGUGGACAUAAUAUGGGCGUUGGCUGACGAACCUAACUUCGACUCCCCCCUCCCGGUCCAGCCGAGGUCUCUACCAUCAUCGUCGUCAGCAGACACACUCACCGAUGACCCUGAGUUCUACGGCAGAUUCCGAUGUGGGAAAUCUUAAAUGGUAAUUUAUAUAAUUAAGAUAAAUGAACAUUCUGAUUACUGGUGUGUAGCUAAAGAAACUUUAAAAUAAUAAUAAUAACUUAAUAGUAGCUCAGGUUACUAAUUAAAAAAUAACAG